AUGAGAGCUGAAGUGCCUGGGCUGGCCGGCACGGCUCCAGCUGUGCAGCCUGGGCAGGGAGACUCUGCAACCCACAGCUCCAAACUUCUCCACACAGCAGUCAGCCACAGCAUCUUCUCACCGAGCAUCUCCUCGGCAGCUGAGCGCAUCAGUGCCAUCCUGCAGCAGGAAGAGGUGGGGGACCGAAAGUGGCCACCGCUGUUCGUCCAGCUCAAUGAGCUGUUCAGCACUGCGUCAGGCCUGGUGUGGAGAGAGACAGCUAGGUGGAUUAAAUUUGAGGAGAAGGUGGAAGACGGAGGGGAGCGCUGGAGCACACCUCAUGUCCCAGUACUCCACCUGCACAGCCUCUUUGAGCUGAGGACGUGUCUGCAGGAGGGGACAGUGCUGCUGGAUCUGGAUGCCCACAGUUUCAAGGAAAUAAUCGAAAAAGCACUCUCUGCACAGCCUGAUGUAUGGGAUCCUGAGCUGCAGGACUGCCUGGCAGCUUUGCUGCUUUGCCAGCCGCUGCACCGAACCACCACAGCCCCGCUGCGUGUGCUCACAGAGCUCAGCCUUGCUUCCUGCAGAGAGAAGGCCAAAUCCUGCCCUGAGCCCAGAACCCAGUUCUCAGAAACGCCUCUCAAGGAGCAGCUGAGAAACCAAUUUAAGAAGAAGCUUCUGCCAGGGGCCGAAGUAGCCAGCGUUAUGGUUGGGGAAGUCGACUUCCUGAAGAAGCCAUUUCCCGUCUUCCUUCGCUUAAGAGAGGCUGUGACCCUUGGCUCACUGGCUGAAGUUGCCCUCCCCAGCAGGUUUCUUUUCAUUCUGCUGGGCCCUCAAGCCAAAGCGAAAGCCUACCAUGAGAUUGGAAGGGCUAUGGCCACAUUGCUGACAGAUGAGCUCUUCCAAAGGAUUGCCUGGCAGGCUAAGCACCAAGAAGACCUCAUCGCAGGGAUUGAUGAGUUUCUGGAGGAACUGACUGUGCUUCCUCCAGGAAAAUGGGACCCCAGUGACCGAAUUCCUCCACCACGCUGCCUGUUGUCCCCAAAUAAGAGGAUCUCCAUGCACCUGUGGGAGUGGAAAUCUCACUGCAGUGGGAAUACAACUGCUGCCAAGGACAGGACUAGCCUGGCCCACCUGCAUACCAGUGAGGAGCUGGAAAGGACAGGAAGACUCUUUGGGGGGCUGAUCCAAGACAUCCGAAGGAAGGCAUACUGGUAUCGCAGUGAUUUCUCUGAUGCCAUGCACAUCCAGUGCCUCUCAGCAGUUCUCUACAUCUACCUGGCAACGGUCACCAAUGCCAUCACCUUUGGGGGCAUGCUGGGGGACGCAACAGCCAACAUGCAGGGUGUACUGGAGAGCUUCCUGGGCACUGCCUUCGCUGGCUCCAUCUUCUGCCUCUUCUCCGGCCAGCCCCUGACCAUCCUGAGCAGCACCGGCCCAGUUCUGGUCUUUGAGCGUCUCCUCUUCUCCUUCAGCGAGGACUAUGGUCUGGACUACCUGGAGUUUCGCCUUUGGAUUGGGCUCUGGGUGGCCUUCUUCGGCUUGGUUUUGGUGGCCACUGAAGCGAGUCACCUGGUGCAGUACUUCACCCGCUUCACUGAGGAAGGCUUCUGUGCCCUCAUCAGCUUGAUCUUCAUCUAUGACUCUCUAAAGAAGAUGCUGAGCCUGGCGGAAGCCUUCCCCAUCAACUGGCACUACCGGGCUGAUGAUGUGACCUUGUACAGCUGCACCUGCAACUUAUCUGUCCCAGGACACGUCACAGCAGGCAACAACACACUGUCUCCUCCAACUACAACCCUGCAACAGCCUCCUGCAGCCUUGGCCGCACUGAGCCGGGCCCAGUGUCUGGGCCGAGGAGGCCACCUCCAGGGGAGCAGCUGCCCGUACGUGCCUGACAUUGCCCUCAUGUCCUUCCUCCUCUUUGGAGGCACCUUCCUCUGCUGCACCACGCUCAAGCACUUCAAGAGCAGCCGCUACUUCCCCACGGGGUUUCGGAAGCUGGUGAGUGACUUCUCCAUCAUCCUGGCCAUCCUCAUCUUCUGUGCCAUCGAUGCGGCUCUUGGUCUGGAGACCCCCAAGCUCCUGGUUCCCAGCGAGCUGAAGCCCACGAAUCCCAUGAGGGGCUGGAUUGUCUUCCCCUUUGGAGCCAACCCCUGGUGGAUCUGCCUGGCAUCUGUGGUGCCUGCCAUCCUUGUUACCAUCCUCAUUUUCAUGGACCAGCAGAUCACAGCUGUCAUUCUUAACCGCAAGGAAUACAAACUGCAGAAAGGGGCAGGCUUUCACCUGGACUUUCUCUGCGUCUCGCUGCUGAUGAUUGUCACCUCUGUGAUGGGCCUCCCCUGGUACGUAUCGGCCACUGUCAUCUCCCUGGCACACAUGGAGAGCCUCAGGAAGGAGAGCACUGCCUCAGCUCCAGGCGAGCAGCCCGAGUUCCUGGGCAUCAGGGAGCAGAGGUUGACCGGCCUGGUGGUCUUCAUCCUGACGGGAGUCUCUGUCUUCAUGGCACCCAUUCUCAAGUAUAUCCCAAUGCCGGUGCUUUAUGGGGUCUUUCUGCACAUGGGAGUGGCAGCUCUGAACAGCAUCCAGUUCACGGACCGAGUGCGGCUGCUUCUGAUGCCUGCAAAACACCAGCCAGAUCACCUCUACCUCCGCCAUGUGCCACUGCACCGGGUGCACCUCUUCACCUUCAUCCAGCUGCUGUGCUUGGCCAUUCUCUGGGUCAUCAAGUCCACUGCGGCUGCCAUUGUUUUCCCAGUGAUGCUGCUGGCCCUGGUGGGGAUCCGGAAGGCACUUGAGUUCAUCUUCUCCCUGCAUGACCUGAGCUGGCUGGAUAACAUUAUGCCUGCAGCAGCCAGGAAGGAGGCAGAGGGGAAACAGCGCAGGAAGCAGGAGGAGCAGGAAAGCAACACUGAUGAAGAGUCUGAGCUGAUGCAUCGCCAGGGACGAGAGAUCAACAUCUCCGUGAAUUAGGGCUGCGGCUGGG